AUGUCUUUAACACAGUGUCGGUUCUACGAGAACAAAUUCCCGGAGGUGGACUCCUUCGUGAUGGUGAACGUCAAGCAGAUCGCCGAUAUGGGCGCAUACUGCAAGCUCCUCGAGUACGACAACAUCGAUGGAAUGAUUCUGCUAUCCGAGCUGUCAAGACGUCGUAUCCGAAGUAUCCAAAAGCUUAUUCGAGUCGGUCGUAACGAGGUUGUCGUCGUUCUUCGUGUAGACAAGGAGAAGGGUUACAUUGAUCUGUCGAAGCGCCGAGUGUCUCCCGAAGAUAUUGUGAAGUGCGAAGAGAGAUAUAACAAGAGUAAAACGACCCACUCCAUCAUGAGGCACGUCGCAGAGAAGACCAACGUUCCUAUUGAGCACCUGUACGAGACGAUCGGAUGGCCCCUUAACAAGCAAUAUGGUCACUCCAUCGACGCGUUCAAACUGUCCAUCACCAACCCCGAUGUAUGGAAAGACAUUCAGUUUCCCAGCGACGCCGUUGCCGAGGAGCUCAAGUCAUACAUCAGCAAGAGACUUACACCUCAGCCUACCAAAGUACGAGCCGAUAUCGAAGUCACCUGCUUUGGUUAUGACGGCAUUGAUGCCAUCAAGACUGCUCUAAGAACUGCCGAGGCAAGAAACACCGAGGACACCCAGGUCAAGGUCAAACUGGUAUCUCCCCCACUGUACGUCUUGACGAGCACGACGCUGGUCAAGGAAACGGGAAUUCAAAUGCUGGAAGAGGCGAUUGUGGAAGUCCGGAACAACAUUGAGGCUGCCGGUGGCAAGCUGACCGUCAAGAUGGAGCCCAAGGCUGUUACGGAGUCUGAUGAUGCCGAGCUCCAGGCACUCAUGGAGAAGAGGGAACGUGAGAACGCCGAGGUCAGCGGUGACGAGAGUGUUAGCGAGAGCGACGAUAACAUCCCCGAGACUAUCUAA